UCGAAAGGACUUUGGAAGCAAACUCUGCCCGGAGCAGCACCAUGCUUUCGAUGUCAUUACUGAAUGCCUUGGACGUCGAGAGCUGUUUAGGACUUCUUCUCGUAUCCUUACUAAUUUUCGAUUUUUGGAAAAGUAAGAAUGCGCCGAACUUUCCGCCAGGACCGUGGAGUUUUCCGUUUCUUGGCAACGUUUUCGCCGGUUUCGACUGUCGCGCGAUGGACGAGGUGGCUGCAAAGUUUGGCAACAUUUGCAGCCUAAGAGUGGGUUAUGACAAGAUAGUGCUGGUGUCUGGAUACGAGAGGGUGAAGGAGGUUUUGGAGACACAAGGGGACUACUUUCUGGACCGGGUCAGAUCUCUUCCUUUUAAACAAGUAGUUCAAGGAAAUGGCAUUUCCCUGAGCAGUGGAUACAAGUGGAGGAAGCAGCGCCAUUUUACUUCCUUUCACCUGAAGGCCUUUGCAGAGGGCAAAAAUGCUUUGGAGCGUCACGUUCAACAAGAAUGCAUCUAUCUGUGUCAGAGCAUUGAAGAAGAGCAAGGAAGCCCCUUCAACCCUCAUGACAUCCUAAACAAUGCCACUGUUAAUGUAAUUGGAUGCUUUGCGUUUGGGAAACUUUCUGAUGACGGCUUCGUUGACUUCAGGAACCUGCUUGUCAAUUCAGACUCCAUGUUCAUAGAAAAUAUUCCACAAAUUCAGUUUUACAAUGCAUUUCCUGGGAUUGUCAAACGUUUCUAUGGACCACAUAAGACGGCUUUAUUAAACUAUGCAAAGCUAUCAGCCUUCGUUAAGAAACAAAUUGAGAAACAUAAGAAGGACUGGGACCCUUUCGAUCAUCGUGAUUUCAUAGAUGCCUACAUUGGAGAGAUAGAUAAGAGACGGAAGGAUACAGAGGCUGCUUUCACUGGGGAGAACCUUGCCUGUAUCACUGUGGACCUUCUCAAGACUGGGACACAAACCAUGACUGAUACCUUACGAUGGGCUUUACUUCUAAUGACCAAGUACCCUGAUGUCCAAAAGAAAGUUCAAGAUGAAAUCGACUGUGUAAUCGGCAAGUGGCGGCAGCCAUGUUUGGUAGACAGAGUCAAAAUGCCUUACACAGAUGCAGUUCUUCAUGAAACUCAGAGAGUGAGCAACAUCUUCCCUCUGACUGCACCGCGUCUGACGAGUCGAGACUCAGUACUGGCUGGAUACUUCAUUCCUCAAGGCACACUGGUCAUCUGUCAUCUGUCAUCUGUGCUGAAGGAUCCAUCACAAUGGGAAAAACCAGAUCAGUUUUAUCCCGAACACUUUCUAGAUGACCGAAGGAAUUUUAGGAAACGGGAUGCAUUUUAUGCAUUUUCUGCAGGGAAAAGGUCAUGUUUGGGUGAGCAGCUCGCACGAAAUACACUCUUCCUGUUCUUCACUUCCCUCCUCCAGAGGUUCUCGUUCUCAGCUCCUGAAGGAUUAGGACCUCACUGUAAGGACCAGGAACAGAUCAAGAUGUCUCAAGAAUCCUCCCAGAUCUUUGUGUCAUUACGUCAAGAGAAACGGGAAUCAGAUCUGAACUGAUACUGAGUUCUAUUAAUAGAUAGAUGUUAUGUUAAUACAUGAAGUAAAAUGCAGUCUUUUUGAUUCUGUUCAAUAAGAAAAGAUUUAUUCCACAGCGAUAAAGCAUAUGCAAGGACAUGUGCAUUAUGAAUGUAAUUUUUGUAAAAAUGUUUAGAUUGUAAAAUGUUAAUACAAUUCAAAUGUGAAAAUUAUGCUGUAUAUUGUAGCAUGUAAUUGAUAUAAAAUCUACUUAUUCCCAUAAAUCAUUCAACAAAAAAUAAAGAAAUACCCUGUUAACUUA